GCCACUCGUACGCGUCUUCCAACACUGUUCUCAAAAUGGCGACUCGAGAAUUGUAAGCGUGACAAAAACAACAAAGCCAAGGCGCAUUUCACAAUAAUUAAAUGUUUUUCGAUCAAUUGCGGCGCGUUUAACCCAUCGAAAGCGAUCGCGAUGAGUGAAUUGGGGACCCAGUGACCGGGCAACGACCACCAGUGAACGCAAAGCGCCAGCGGCGCGGCGAACAAAGACAAAAUACGGCGAGCGAAAACGCCGACCGCAUAACCUGUACGUGUACGCAAGGCAAGGCGAAUGGAGGGCGGCAAGGGCGAGGGCAAGAGAAUGAAGGAGGAGGCGCCAAGCAAGAAGUUGCCGCCUAAAAUAUACAGCGGCGAUGCGGGCACCCCCACGAAGGCGGCCCACGACGAGAUACUCAGCUCGCUCCUGCGGAUUAACAACUUCGACUCGAUAUCGAGCAUCAAGGACGAGUCGCUGGACAUCGAUCUGUCGGCCUGCGUGACCAUCAGCUCCGCCAGCCUGGUCAAUGGUAACAGUCUCUCCUCCACCGACUUUUGGCGCGUUUUGGACGAGAGUGCCCAAAACAACACCGAGCUGAAUCUCUCCUCGGACGUCUGCCGUGAUGAUAUGGCUGCCACCAGCUCCUCAACCGUGUCCAGCAGCUUGACCAGUGAUAACCACUCCAGCUCGGAGUUUAGUGUGACUUUCCUACGACCCGAGCCACCGAAUGCUUUCACUAACUCCCCGUUUAAGAAGACUUCCUCCAGCGGCACGUCCACGCCCGUAAAGCUAUCGCCCGAGCAGCUCCACCAGCAGCAUCAGCUCCAAAUGCCCCAGGCACAGCUACUGCAACGCAAGCCCAAGCUGCCGGCGGCGACGGCGGUGCGUCUGAAGGUCUUUAAGGAGGAGCCGCCCGAGGAGAAGCAUCCGCCGGAGCAAGUGGUCACCAAAGUAGAGGUGUGCGAGUCCGAGCUACUGCCGCCAUCGUUUACCAUCUUUCAGCAGGCCAAAACGGCAGAGUCGGCGGCAGAUGCGGCUAGCAUGCCGCCUCCGGCUGCCUCGGAAACGAAGCCGUUGGAAGUAGAUCCGGCACCGCUGCACAAGUGCCUCGACUGCAACGGACUACUACUGGAGACGCCCGACGAGGUGGCCAAGCACGAGGCGGCCGCCCAUCGGCUGAGGCCCACCUACCGUUGCAGCGAGUGCCAGCGGGAAUUUGAGGUGCUGGCCGGUUUGAAGAAGCACCUAAAGACGCACCGCACCGAGGGUCGCAAGGACACCUGGAAGAAGUGUCCCGACUGCGGAAAGUGCCUCAAAUUGGGAAGCAUGUGGAUGCAUCGAAAGAUUCACAGCGAUAACAAGAAGUACCAGUGCGACAUUUGCGGCCAAAAGUUUGUGCAAAAAAUAAACCUCACGCACCACGCACGGAUUCACUCAUCGGAGAAGCCUUACGAGUGUCCCGAGUGUCAAAAGCGAUUCCAGGAGCGCUCACAUCUGCAGCGCCACCAGAAGUACCAUGCGCAAACGCGUUCCUAUCGUUGCGAAAAGUGCGGCAAGAUGUACAAAACGGAGCGCUGCCUCAAAGUUCACAACUUGGUGCACCUGGAGCAGCGACCAUUCGCGUGCACAGUAUGCGACAAGAGUUUCAUCAGCAAUUCAAAGCUGAAGCAGCACUCCAACAUACACACCGGCAUGCGGCCAUUCAAAUGCAACUACUGUCCGCGCGACUUUACUAACUUCCCCAACUGGCUGAAGCACACGAGACGUCGGCACAAGGUGGACCACAAAACGGGUGAACACCUCGAGAACAUUCCCUCCUACUGCUCAAAGAAGUCUACUACAAACAAGGCCCAAAAAGCAGCCGCGGCAGCAGCAGCAGCAGCAGCGGCGGCAGCAGCAACUGCAGCUGUGAAUCCCAACGAUCUUUCCGCUUCUGGUGAACUAAAAGCCAAGGCCAAUAUUACGUCUGCUGCUGCGCCGGCUCCUGCAAAACAAGCGCGGAAAAAGAAGCAGCCGCAGCAGGCCACUCUUGCCGCAUUGGGAAUAACUCUACCUGCCGGUACUGCUCUGCAGCAAGUGCAUCCUGUGCCGCAGGGGCAAGGGCAUCAACAGGAACUAACCACUGUGCUGGUGCCACUGGCCCCGCCGGCCCCUAAGCAGACCAAAGUCAAGCGAGAACGAAAGCAGCUUGCACCCAAGCAACUGCAGCAAAAACCGCAGCUUCUACAGCAGGGCCAGCCUCAGCAGUCCAGCUUAGAACCCAUUCCUGCAGUGCCGCAAAUCAAGAAGGAGCCACUGCAGACUCAGGGCCCGUUCCUCGACCUACACGGCCUUAGUCUGACGUCAGCCGAAGAGCUGAUCAUGGAGCAGGCCCUGGAGAUGGAGGAGUGCGGUCUGUACGAUGCGCCAAAUGCGAACACAGAAAUGGGAACGUCGGACAACGCCAUUUCAGAUUCGGCUGCUGCCCUGCACUUCCAGAUAAAGAAUGAAAUACCGGACGAGCUGUUGCCAGAGGAUGACUUCUUGCCUUGUAAGCCCAGCGACCGCUUAGCUUGCCCCUCACUGGAGUCCUCACCGUUUUCGUCGCCGGCCUCAAUGGAGCUGACCGCUGUUUCAUCCGCAUCCAGUGUCGCCAUAUCGACGAAUGCACUACCAGUGAGAUCUGGGAACUACUACCUGCCCGCCUUUACGCUGAAUGCACACGGCAAGCUUAGCAGUACGGGCAAUGGUGUUCAGUCUGUGACCACGAGCUUGGCUCAGACACCCUCUGUGUCCAUGGUGAAUGUGCCCCUGCUGGUGCGAUCCAACCAGAUGCUGCCCUCAGUUGACACGCUGCUCUUCACCAACCAGACCGGCGGAAGUCGAUUCUUUGCGGGGAAAUCGGCGACUGCGGCCACGCCGCAUCUGACAUGAUCGGGCAGCGAAAUCUGCUGCCUGUCAACAUCAACGCCUCAACGAUCUCCUGUGUCUUAGUUAAGUUAGCAGUGUCGACUACGUUGCACCAGCGCAAUUGGGCGGUCGCGGACCCAUGGCAAUCGAUUAAGAGAAUUCGGAUUUGUGUCCCGUAGGUAAUUAAGAGUAUGACGCUACAUUUGUUUAAGUAAUUGACGUAAGCUGAUUUCUGCAUAGCCCGUAAGUGUAUUUGAGUGUAUAUAUAAACGAUUAUAUAUAGAAACAUAAUGAUAGAUCUUUAAUUUGUACGCUUCACACCAAUAAUAAAUUUCGUACAUA